AUGUCAUCGAUAGUGCGGGUCCAUAGAAAGACAUCUCUUGUUGCUAUUUUACAUUAUUGGCAAUAUCGUGGGAUUUACCAAUCGCCAAUCCAAUCUCAACAACAACAACAACAACAACGUCCGUAUCGUCGCACAAAACGUACAAAUUACGCGGAUAGAGAACAUGUAUUAUUCGAAAAUCUCUCAGAUUCCACUGGAGAUAUUACAACAGAACCCAUCAUCAUAUCAUCAUCAUCAUCAUCAACAACAACAAGGGGAGUAGAGAGUAGUUCUAGUGUAGAUUGGGCAUUACUUUCUCAUCGUGAUGAGGCGGCCCUGCGACGCUCGAGUGUAAUUCUAAAUGCACUCGCCACUCCUCUUAUUGGGCCACUCACAUAUUAUAUACUUACAGCGACGGCGUAUCUUCGCUAUGGUGUUGGGCGGGUUUCACUGUAUACACGGUAUAGUGUGGCCCCGCCUCUUCUUCACACAUCUCUAAAUAAUAAUAAUAAUAAUAAUAAUAGCGGUACCUCAUCAUCAUCAUCAUCAUCAUCAUCAUCUGGAUUCCUGCAGCAUCUCAUUAACGUCGCCGCCUAUGAACAGGCAGCUGCAGUGGCUACAAGAAGCCAUAAUAAUAAUAAUAAUAAUAAUAAUAAUAAUAAUAAUAAUAAUAAUAGUAAUCCUAUCGAUCUUAACAAGGAUAGUGUGGAGAUGCCGUUCUUCCGUGGUAUACUGCACGGAACGGCAAUAAAUGCCCUCCGCGUAGGCCGCAGUUCUAUUCACGGCCGUGGUAUCUUUACUACUCAACACAUACCGCGUGGAACCCGCAUCAUUACAACUCCACAGCGUACAUUUAUGGAUGCUGCCAGUUUUGUACCUUUACUCGCCGAUACACACACGCGGCUGCCGGAUACGUGGCACUAUACACAUCCCACCGGUGUGUUGUUGGAACUCGUCACUCAACCACUUUCACAUCAUUUGAUGAAUCAUAGUUGUGAUCCAAAUGUUUGCUGUGGACUCUCACGGGAGUUUUGGCCUCUUGUCAUGAUGAAUACUGCAGAUUCUCAUAGAGAUAAUACUAAUAUUACUAAUAUUAAUAGUAAUAGUGAUAGUAGUAAUAAAAAGGAUGAGUUGUUAGAGCGUAUACGGUACUUCCCACACUUUGAUGAUGCGAAUAGUUUCUUUACAACUCGCGAUGUGCAGGCGGGUGAGGAAUUAACGUUAAGUUACACACAUCGUGUGGCCCCCAUCUUUUCUGGUGAAGUUCCCCUGCGAUCUCUACAAACUAUAUGCCGCUGCGGUGCAUCUAAUUGUCGACAUUUUAUUUAUCGCCCACCCGAUGCGGUGAUGAUGGGUAGAAAACCAUCAUGGCGAUUCCCACAUCGCUCUGGGGAUCUCAACAAAGAGAAUGGGAAUAAAGAAAAUACCGAUCAUACUAUACAAGAGUUAUUAGAAAUGGGAUUUGAUGAUGAGACGGUGAUACUCUCACUACUUCCUUCACGGGCACCGUUGUUGGCAUAUAUGCGAAAACAUCUUUCGCCCUUUAGACGUACAGCCACAAAGCGAGACUUGUUGAUGUGUUAUCGACAUGUGUUUAAGUUAUUGAAUGAGGCAGCACCGAUGGAAUGA